AUGGCAUUGGUGGCUCUCUGCGUGGCCGUGAGCUUGGGAGAACUGUCUUCUGCCAUGCCCCAUGCGGGUGGCCAAUAUUUCUGGGUGGCACAACUUUGUCCUCCCAACCGAUUUCGCCGGCUCAUCUCCUACAUGGUUGGGAUUCUUGCCUGGGCAAGUGCUGUCUGUACUGGGACUUCUGUAUGCCUCGCUGUCCCGCAGAUGGUGCUAGGGAUGAUCAGCCUCAAGUCACCAGAUUUCGUGCAGAAACCGUGGAUGUUAUUUGUCGGGUUCCAGAUGACGAACUGGGUGACAUUCACGUUCAAUUGUUUUGAGCGAAUCCUUCCUCUCUGCAACAAAUCUAUCCUUGCAUUCACCGUAUCCGCCUUGAUAGUUAUCUUUAUAUCGCUCCUCGCAGCACCUCGUACCCGUGCCCCUCCCCGGUUUGUCUUUCUAGACAUCUGGAAUGAGUCCGGGUGGGCCAGUUGGGUUGCGUUCUUGAUCGGGAUGAACGGGACUAACUGGGGAUUCUCCUGCCUGGAUGCGGCCUCGCACCUCGCUGACGAAGUACCUGAUCCCCGCAGAGACAUUCCAAAAGCGCUGUUGAGCACAGUGGUAUUAGGAACUUUUACGGGGAUCCCAAUCACCCUCGCUCUCUUCUUUGCCAUUUCCAACAUGGACAACGUCGUCACAUCUGGUGUGCCGUCGCUGGAGAUUUUAUACCAGGCAUUUAACGGCAAUUUUGCUGCUGCGAUCGGCCUCCAGACCUUGGUCCUUAUUUCUGCAACUGGCGCCAUCGUUGGGAUUCACACAUGGCAGUCCCGUAUGGCAUAUGCUUUUAGCCGCGAUGGUGGCUUCCCGUUCAGUAAGCAGAUGGGGAAAAUUGCACCCUCGCCCUUUUCAACUCCUGUCUGGGCUCAUGUCUGGUCAAGCGUCUGGAUUUCUCUGUUAGGCUGUCUCUCUCUCGGGUCAACCACUGCGUUGAACUCGUUCAUUGCGGCUGGCAUUCUAUUACAGUAUAUCACCUAUUCAACUGCCAUCGUCCUUCUCUUACUGCGCGGUCGACACAACCUAGCCCAUGGACCAUUUUGGUUUCCCCGAAUUGGAUACAUUGCGAAUAUCGUGACUGUUGCCUGGUGCGUCAUUUCAGUGAUCUUCUACUGCUUCCCAUACGCUCUUCCUGUCCAAGCGGGUAAAAUGAAUUAUGUCUCUUGUGUCUUAGUUGGCAUUAUUCUAUACGCCUUGGCGUACUGGGUGUUCUAUGGUCGGACGCGGUUUGUGAUUCCAGCAUCAGACACUCUGCAUUGA